CAAAACAAAAACAAAAACAAAACAACCAACAACCACAAAACGUAAUAAAAAAAUACAAUGGGGUUAGGAUAGGUUAAUUUCUUCUAUCAAUGUGUACAGUUUAUUUGCAUGGGUAUUAUUUAUUCGUUUCAGACAUUUUAGUAACAAAAGGAUUUCAUUUUAAGACCCCUAAUGAAGGGGGGGGGGUUGGCAUAUCGACAUUUGUGUACAGAAUAUUUUGUGAUAAUAAUGAUAUUAUUUACUAAAAACUGAUUUCUUUUGUCAUGGAGGAUUACUCCUGUUCGAAUAUUUUGAGAGGACCAAAAGCCCCUAUCUCUGGAACUGGACGAGCUCCAGUCGUGGAGAGCUUGAGGAAGCAAAGACGCACCUGUAAAACCAACUAUAGCGGAAGUGACGUUCGUUGUUCGCAUGCCCGUUUCCGAGACGUUCAGGGUCUGAACGACUGCUUUAAAACCGCAGCUACCGCUGCUGUUGCUACAUGUGCACGCGACUUACCUACCGCAAAUCCUCUUCUACUGCAUACGAAUGAAGAUUACCAGGUAUGCCAAAGGACAAAUAUGAACCUCCAGAUCCUCGCCGAUGUUACACCAUCAUGCCAGCUGAGGAGGCGGCCAGUGGGAAGAAGUCUCACUGGACAGAGCUUGAGAUUUCUGGGAGAGUGAGGAGCCUGAGCAGCUCUCUGUGGACACUCACUCACCUCACAACACUUCAUAUCAACGACAACAACCUGACCCGCAUCCCGCCCGACAUUGCGAAGCUGCCCAACCUGGUCUACCUGAAUCUGUCUUCCAAUAAGCUGCGAAGCCUGCCAGCUGAGCUAGGCAAUAUGGUCACUCUCAGGGAAUUACUUCUAAACAACAAUCUUCUGCGAGUUCUGCCUUAUGAACUUGGUCGUCUGUUCCAGCUCCAAACACUAGGACUGAAAGGAAACCCUUUGUCACAGGACAUCCUCAACAUGUACCAGGAGCCUGAUGGGACCAGGAAGCUUCUCAACUACAUGCUCGACAAUCUAGCAGUUCAUCCAGAGCAGCUUCCACAGAGACCAUGGAUCACUCUGAAGGAACGAGACCAAAUGAUUCCCACAGCUGUGUUUACCGUUAUGUGCUACAAUGUCCUGUGUGACAAGUACGCCACGCGGCAGCUUUACGGAUACUGUCCAUCUUGGGCACUGAACUGGGAGUAUCGGAAAAAAGGCAUCAUGGAGGAAAUCACCAACUGUGAUGCUGACAUCAUCAGCCUGCAGGAAGUGGAGACAGAGCAGUACUACACUUUGUUUCUGGAAACUCUAAAGGGGCGCGGCUACGAUGGAUACUUCUAUCCAAAAUCUCGUGCCAAACUGGUGUCGGAACAGGAGAGAAAACGCGUAGAUGGCUGUGCUGUGUUUUUCAAGACUAACAAAUUCACUCUGGUGCAGAAACACACCGUUGAAUUUAACCAAGUGGCCAUGGCCAACUCCGAGGGCUCUGAGGUCAUGCUGAACAGAGUGAUGACCAAAGACAACAUCGGUGUGGCUAUUCUCCUGGAGAUCCACAAAGACACAUUUUCUGGUGGCAUAAAGACUCCACAAGACCGCCAGCUCCUCCUGGUUGCCAACGCUCAUAUGCACUGGGACCCUGAGUACUCGGACGUGAAGUUAAUCCAGACAAUGAUGUUCCUGUCGGAACUAAAGAGCAUUGCUGAGAGAGCUGCAGGCUCAGUGUUGAGCGGCUCGCCCACCCCUGAUCCUGGCUCCGUCCCCAUCGUCCUGUGUGCCGACCUCAACUCUCUGCCAGACUCAGGUGUAGUCGAGUACCUUAGCAAUGGCGAAGUAGCCGAAAACCACAAAGACUUUAAGGAGCUUCGCUACAACGAAUGUCUGUCCAACUUCAGCUGCAACAGCAAAAACGGCACCUCUGACGGAAGCAUCACCCACAGCUUCCAGCUGAAGAGCGCCUACGACAGUGACAUGAUGCCUUAUACCAACUACACCUAUGAUUUCAAGGGUGUGAUCGACUACAUCUUCUUCUCUAAGACCCACAUGAGCGUCCUGGGGCUGCUGGGACCGCUGGACAGCCAGUGGCUGGUGGACAACCACAUCACGGGCUGCCCGCACCCCCACAUCCCCUCAGACCACUUCUCCCUGCUGGCCCAGCUGGAGCUCCGCUCACCCCUGCCCCACCCACUCAACCCACUGAACGGGCUGCACCUGUCCAUCAAGAGGUAGUGCAGCCUGACGGAAGCCCCAGCUCACCUCACAUUUUGAAACACUGGCCCCGCCCCUCCCUCCGUCUUUCUACAAGACUGUGUACAGAUAGUUAUUCUAUGCCCCAGCUCACACCGACCAAUAAGAGUCAAGUCUUUGGCCAUCAUUAUUUUUGCACACUGUAAAUGUUUUAAUUUGUUGUUUUUCUUUCCCUUUUAAAAGUCUUGAUACCAAAUGUUGGGUUUGAUAAAACCGCGAUCACAAACCUUUUUUAGAUAAAUCUAUUAGAUAAAUCUAUACUAUGUCUCGGCUGACACGAAAUUUUUAUUUUUUUUAAUUUUUUUUUUAAACCUGAGACAAAUAGUAGCACUACACUACUACAGUGUUCGUGAGUGUGACCACAAAGACCUGAGCAUUAUCAACAGUGUUUUAUUUUUCGUUUGAGCGGUGAAUACAGUAGACUUAAAGGUAGGACAUGCAGCAAGUUGUUAUAAGUUUGUAAAGUGUGUGCCCCCCCGAGUUCCCUCUUCUUUCUGGGCUGUAAACACUGUUAAUUUCCUUCCCCAUGACUUUAAGCCUUACAUACAAUAUAAUUUCUCUUAAGACUUGUUCUUUAAGUUUUUAAAUAUCUAAUGAGAUUUCUAACUCAUGCGCCCCCAGAGGACUUCUUUGUUUUUUAGAUGGAAGACAUCAACUGGCUCUGUUUACCAUUGGUUAAUAUUUCUUUCCAAACCUCCAAAGGAAGGUUUAAAAAAAAAAAAAAGUUUUGAUUUUUUUUUUGUUUUGAAAUUCCUGCAUUAUCUGCCUUUAAUUCUAUUGAAUGAAAGGGGGAAAAAUAAAUUGUUACGUCUGUUACGUAGCAGAAUGCGACAGUUACAGUGAUGUCAGGUCCGUCCUGUCGUUUGAACCCAGGUCCUGUGUUAACGAUGGUAUCAUGUUACUUCCUCAGAUACUAACAUUGUCAGCUCUCAGCUGUAGCUUCAGUCGAUGUCAUGACUGAUGGGAGGUAAAGGAAUCCUAACUCAGACAUGAGCAUUAGCCUUAUUUAGAAUUUCAGUCAUUAAAGAGUGUCACCUGACUAGCCAAAGAACUCUCUCCCACGCUGACUGACCUGUGCAAUAAUAUAAAUAAUAAUAAUUAAAAAUAGUAAUAGUUCUACUUGUACAUUGGUACUGAAAACAAAUCAAAAAUCUUCCUGAUCAGUAUCAACCCUCAAAGUCUGACUGUCAGUUAUUGAUUAGACGUAUUAGCCCUUUAUCUCGUUCGUGGUAUCUCAGGGGCUUUGCUAUGCAUAAAGCUGUACCUCGCAAACUAACCAACACUUCAAGGUGGCACUGUGUACGAACAGAACCACUCAGGAGGCUGUCCUUCUGAAAUCAUCCGUGUACGCAUCUGGACGUUGGUCCGUCUGAACAGACCGGUUAAGGACCAGUGUCCAGAUUCUGUAUUACCGUACGUAUGAAAAGAUUCUAGACGUUUUAAGUGCAUUUUUUCAGAUUACGUAGGUUUUUCUGGGUACUACAGAUAACGGAUUCCAUUUUUUAAUUUUUUCGUGCUGGGAAGUUAUUUCAGUUCUGAGAAAUUUUGGUUCUGCAUAGAGAUUCUGUACAUUUGCACAGAUCUGAGUUUUUGUAUGUUUGAGUAUAUGAUUGUUCUGGAUUGUCAUACAUACCUGGAGAACACUCCAGAUUUCACGUAAUUUUCACAUAAUUACAUAAGAUUGCACAGAUUGCAAACCUGCCUGGGUGUCCAUCAUUGCCUUGCACAUUAUGAAUGUUCAUUAACAAUUUGCAAAAAUGCCCAUUAUUCAGAAAGAUUUUGAACAUCUGUACAGGUUCAGGACAUUUGCUCAGAUUCUUGAUGUUAAGGAAUCCCUAAGCAUUUGCGUGUCUGGACAUUUGUAGCAUAAAACAUGUUUUGACAUUCAAACCCACUGUACCAGAUGUUCCUAAGCGCACAUAGCUUUGCCUGGGUGUUCAGAAUGGUUCUGUACUUUCAUAUUUACACAUGUGUAAAUAUUUUACAUGUGCGUACAUAUGUGUGUACAUAUUCUAAAUGUUUGAAUGAGAUGUAGAGAUUCCAGAAGUUUAAGGUAGGUAAAAAUAUUCUAAAAUAUUUCACCACAUUUGUUGUGUUAUUGCAAAAAAAAAAAAAAAAAAUCCCAUGUCUUUGUGCAUUUUUGAUAAAACACUACUGCCGCACCUUUGAUCCAUUUUCCCCUGAAAACCUUUUGGAAAAAUGAAUUUAUGACCUGGCAAACAAGUUCUAAAACAAAGUGUUGAAAUAAAUUGGUUUCAGAGACUGGAUUUUUAAAAAACA